AUGGGCACUUACCAGAGACUCACACGGGCGUGGACACUUACCAGAGGACUCACACGGGCGUGGACACUUACCAGAGGACUCACACGGGCGUGGACACUUACCAGAGGACUCACACGGGCGUGGACACUUACCAGAGGACUCACACGGGCGUGGACACUUACCAGAGAGACUCACACGGGCGUGGACACUUACCAGAGGACUCACACGGGCGUGGACACUUACCAGAGGACUCACACGGGCGUGGACACUUACCAGAGGACUCACACGGGCGUGGACACUUACCAGAGGACUCACACGGGCGUGGACACUUACCAGAGGACUCACACGGGCGUGGACACUUACCAGAGGACUCACACGGGCGUGGACACUUACCAGAGGACUCACACGGGCGUGGACACUUACCAGAGGACUCACACGGGCGUGGACACUUACCGCAGGACUAACAAAGUACUAACAAAUAAAACUUCCUGA